GUUAACUUGACUCAGUUCAGUUCUUGAUUUCUAAUGCUGGGAUGCCGUAUUGAUUCUAUGAUCCUUUGGCAAAGUUGGAAAUCCUUGCCAUGUUUCAACAGUCUAGGAAAGGUGGAUUCUUAAUCUAAUAAAGAGAACAUUAAGGAAGCUGUGGGGUUAAUUUCACUCUGAUGAUGAUAAAACCCUGAUAGUAUUUAAUAUCAGUGCUUCUUCACAAAACUCAGUGUCCAUACAAGUACAAAGUUAAAAACUAGAAUCCUUCCUUCCUUCUUAAAAAGCCUACUGUGACAGCCACCUCAUUUCUUUCUCCCUUAUGUCCCUCGAUGAUUGUUUACGUAUGGAAAUUUUCCCCUGAGAAGGCAUGUGUUUCAAUUUAGAUGUAGUGUCCAUGAUACGAAAUAGGGAAAACUAGUUGAUUCAUUUGGGGAUGAAACUUGUAACUCUUACCCAGUUGGCAUCAUCCUCUAACCUACAGAGUUAAAUGCAAUAGAACAACAACUCUCCAAGCGCUUUUAAACUCUGCCUUCAUUUCACAGUCCAGCUCAUUCUCUUAUUUUGUUGAGAAGCAAUGUGGUAUGACUGGGAUAAGGAAGAAAAAGAAAAGCAUGUUGUCAGUUGAGUGUGACUGCCUCAGAAAUGUUACCAAGUCAGGGUUGGGUGUUUCCUGUCCUUUGCAAGAGAACAGGCCUAAACAGUACCUUCUGCAUCCUGUAGCUACAAGGAAAGCACCAUGAUUGAGAUUAGAGAUGCUUCCUUAGCUGAUUUUUUAAUCAAGUGUAAAUUUAACUUUAAAUACAUAGCAAAGGGAUGGGAGUGGAAAGAUGCUGUAUUUUUACAGGAUCUGUUUCAUGUAAACUUUGUGUCCUGAACAAAAUAUGAACUACCUGAAGAAUGAGAUUGGAAACUCAGUGGGAGAAAAAGUUCUAGAAUCAAAGACUUAUAUUUAAAUUUUGGAUCUAGUUAUUGGAUUUUGUGCACAUUAUUUAAUUUCUUUAUUUCUUAUGUAAAGUGGGGAAACUAUCUUGUAGAAUUAUUCUAAAGAUCAAAUAAAGGCUUUAAAGCAGUUAGUGUCUGGUCUAGGUUAGAUGCUUAAUGAAUGGCAGCUAUAUCAAGAAUAAUAACUUAAUUAUUGAAUACUUCACCAGGCCAAAAAAGAAAAGCACAUGGGGAGCACAGGGAGGGUGAUAAUAAACUAAACUGAUUAUAUGUGCAUAUAAGAUAGAUUACAUUAGGCAGGGGUGUCAUGAGGAUUAGUGUGACAGUGACCUUGUUGCUAAGUGCAAAAGCAAAACAAUGACAUCAAAACAAGCAUGCUAGGCACUGAGUGGAGGAGAGAGAUGGAGGCAGACGCUGCAGGACAAAAAGCUGAUUAAAAAGGGGCCUUUGAUUCCACAGGCACAAAAAUCCACAGCCAGGAAUUUGCUGCCACCUCUGAGUCAGGCAGGGGGUGGGGGUGCACAAUUCCGUUAGUAGAGAAAUGCCCAGUGGAUUUUAGCCUGAGAGUCACAUUUCUCAUUUGGACCGGUAUAGACAGAAACAAACCCAGCUCACUUGUUUCCUGGGACAGUUGAGAUAGGGGAUGGCCUUCGCAGAGCACUCACAGCUGACCCCUCACCACCGGGACCUCUGUAGCCGCUCUAUCUGGCUAGCAAGGAAGAUCCGUUCAGACCUGACUGCUCUUGUGGAAUCUUACGUGAAGCGUCAAGGUCUGAACGAGCACAUGAACCUGGACUCUGUGGGCGGUGUGCCAAUGGCAAGCACUGAUCGAUGGAGUGAGCUGACUGAGGCAGAGCGACUCCAAGAGAACCUCCAAGCUUAUCGCACCUUCCAUGUUAUGCUGGCCAGGCUGUUAGAAGACCAACGGGUACAUUUUUCUCCGGCUGAAGAUGACUUCCAUCAAGCGAUACAUACCAUUCUCCUCCAAGUCGCUGCCUUUGCUUAUCAGCUGGAGGAAUUAAUGGUACUCCUGGAGCACAAGAUCCCCUCCAGUGAGGCCGACAGGAUGCCCCUUAUUGUUGGAGGUGGUGGUCUGUUUGAGAAGAAGCUGUGGGGCCUGAAGGUGUUGCAGGAGCUUUCACAGUGGACAGUGAGGUCCAUCCAUGACCUUCGAGUCAUUUCGUCUCGUCAAACUGGGAUCCCAGCACAUGGGAGCCAUUAUACUGCUAAGGACAAGAAACUGUAGCAGUUACCCUCUUCUCUCUCUCUCUUACUUGCUUUUUCUUCUAGAGGAAUAUACAUAGUUCUCUGAGGCCUCACUUUCCUAUUCUUAUUUUUGAAAACCUUUAAGACCACAGGCAUUUUCAUCAACUAGGUUUGGAGACGCGGACAAAUGGGCAUACGGGUUCAAUCUGGGGGUGUGUGUGUGUGUGUUGGGACCAUAAGGGACUGGGGGCAGGGACACCAUCCUUCCACCUCCGUGCUCUAAUCUUUCCUACCCACUAAAUAACCUUUACAGGCAUUUAACAGCCUCACAGGAUAAAUAUAUUUUUAACUCUAGUUCCAGAUGACUCUUCUGAGAAGGCUGAAAUAGUGAAUUAAAAAUCAUGGACUCUGGCCAACUCAAAGUCUUGGAUAAUAAAAAUAGUAACUAACAUUUAUUGAGUAUCUACUAUAUAGAAGCAGCAUGCCAGGGUCUUUCUGUAUGUCAUGAUUUUCACAACAACCCUGCUGAGAGAGAGGUGGUGUUCUUUCCAUCCGGCAGCUGAGAAAGCAGGCUCGCUAGCAAAUGGCACAGUGAGUUUGAACCCAGAGCUUUCUCAUUCCAAAGCCUGUGCGCCCUUCACUUUAAAGGCCUGAUUAUGAACCUCUAUCACCGCACCACUUUGCUACAGAGCACUGGAAAAGGUAUCCAUGUAAAUCUAUCCCCAGCACUGAAAAAGCAACCCCUAACUAUGUCCUGAUAGCGUUAAAGGCAGUACUUGUUGUCCAUACUUGGCAAAGAGGAGAGCAAGAUGUUAAGAUGAGUCCACCAAACUUCGGAACUUUGGAAGCUGCGGGUGUGCAGUCAUGCAGCUUGCUUUCAAGUAGCCACUAAUGCUCUUGAGUUUGGGGUUGGACACAGCUUAGACCAGGUUCCCUCACAUUUAUUGUCAUCAGCAGUGCAGUGACACAGGCACUGUAAACCGGGCUUUCACAGGCAAUAGGUAGAAUCCUGCUCAGGUUAAAAAGUCACAGAACUCCUUCACCACACAUUCUCUGGACUUAGUCAUGAGGAGAGGGCGAGGCCCACUCUGUUCCCAGUGGGAAUGCCAGCGAUUCUGAAACAAUGUAUAGCAAAGCCUCCAUACUUCAUAACAAAGGGCAUGGCUCCGCCUUUAAUGUUUUUCAGGGAAACAGUAUGAAAAGUACAUCGAGGAGUGAAUGCUGUGGGCGUUAAUGUAAAAGGUCACUUGCAGUCAGGCCUGUGAACUAGUGGCGCAAACGGGAAUCCAGAAGUUCCCAGGGGUAUCAUUUAUUUCACACUACCAAUUAAUUCAAACUCAAGAUCUUGGAUUGGGGGCCCCAAUCAGUUUAGUUUUCUUAUCUGAGGAUUUUAUAUUCUUAAAAGGACCGUGAGUUGGAGAGGGCUUAGCUUCCAUAGCUUGUGUCCCACAUGGGUUUUUGUGCAGGACUCCAUGCAGUCAAUAUUAGGAGAGAGCUCUGGGCCAGGUGCGGUGGCAACACAGGGGAGGUCAGGCCCUGCUCUCCAGGAUGCAUCUUGUGGAAACAGGGUUGUAGGCAUACAGGAGAUCAAUACGAGAUGGGAACUGUAAGACGGGUUUAAGCCGUGUGGAGUUGAGGGAGAUCACUGAGGGCCAGAAAUCGCUUCCUGGAGGAGGGAGGAGUUAGCUGUAUCUCAGAGGUUGGCAAAGUACCAAAUAAAGAGAAAAAUCACCAGGGGAGAAAUAGAGAAGAGGUGCCUGGUCAGAAGAAAAUGAGGCAAUAAUAAACAUUUGGGUCCAGCUACCACUAAAAGUUUAUUUUGUUUGUAAUUUUGGUAAUGAUAUAUCAUUUUGCAGUGAAUGCAUAGAGGCUUAUUUCAUUCGAGCUUUUCCUUGUUUAAAUUGUUUCUUAAGCACUAUUUUGGUUGGUAAAAUACUUGCUUAUUAAUGUGACAUGCUUAGAUUUAUCAGUAUAAUACAUACUUUAGACUCUGUUUCAUGAAGAAAGGUCUGUGUAAAACUCCUUAACGGGGAAUAACUGAUUACAAACCUGCUGCAUCUGAAAGGACUGACCCCUCUCUAAGUGUUGUGUUUUUAUAUUGAGCAGAUGUGGCAGGGUAGACACAUCUGUAGAGGUUUCAGACGAUGUCAGUGGAGCAUGGCUUAAGGUCUGCUGAGUCACAUAAGAAGGAAUGUGUAUGUACUGGAGGCACAUUUAAAGUGGCAGAGGGUUCAGAAAUGGUAUAAGUAGCUGCUGAAUGGGAAGAAGUAGAAAGUUUAGGCCACAAAAGUAGCAAGUUUUCUGAGGACAUUCCCAGCACUGUGCUAGGAGCUGUGUGUCGGUUUCUCCUUCAAGAAACUUGCAACAUGCCUCAUGAGAAAUGUGGGCAAACUUGUUAGAAAAGGGUAAAGGGGAAAUGAGCACUUAGCCGUGAUAGCAAAGACGUAAGCGUGUGGCUCUGAGUAUGUAGACAUUUGCAUCACGCUAAUUUGAAAUGGAUGAAACAGACAAUAAGGGACUGACAAUAGGUCGUAUACAUGUAAGUAUAUAUUAACAAGCUCUUAAAAGGCAUAAAUUUAGUUCCCAGCCCCUAACUCUUAUUUUGUAAAGGGGAUUCCUUCCACCCCCACUGCCUCCAGAAAAGUCCUCUCUAGGAGGAGAGAUUAGGUUUUCUGAGUCUGUCAAGGAAUUACAUGAAUGAGAGUUGAUACAUUCUUCACGCAUUGAUUUAUGAGGAUAAUUUGGAAAAGACUUGCAAAUUAGCACAAAUUGAAAGUCCAAGCAUGGAAUAAAAUUGACUUUAAGACAAUCAGGUUUGAGGGAAGUGAGAGUUUUAAUAAAAAAGGAAAGUGUAAGGUCAUAGUCCUGGAAUUGCUGUUAUUUCAGGCUUCUGUGGAUUAAAGCCCAAUGGAUGACUCACUGUUGUGACCGCUGGUCACAGAGGGAGAGGACAAGUAAAUAUUUCGGGGAGACGUAUCUGAAAAGUUGUUUGGAAUGACAUAUUUGUUAAUCCUCAGCUCCUCAUGAAGUAGCUGAGCACCUUCUCCUUCUGUCGAGCAAAAUACAAAUGCAGGAAGCAGAGGGGCCUCCACAGGAUGAGAAAGGGAUUGGAGAAGAGGAAAAGGGGAAAAAAAAUUGAAUUGAUGUAUCUGUGUGUGUGUGCAUGUGUUACCAACAAUGUUUAGGUCAGGGCAUUUGAAAAGGAUGGUUUGGCCUGCUUCAUCCUACCUCAGCUUCAAGCAUCAGACCCAAGAAUGAACCUUCUGAAUGUUGGUACAUUUAAAAAGUGAAAAUGAUAAAAAUUUCAUCGUUUCAUUCAAAAGCUUCUAUAGAGCUCUAAGGUCUACAGAUAAAAACAGUACAAAUCUAAUUCGAUCUUUUGAUGAAAUAUAUGUCGGGUGUGAGAUAAGAAAAUCCACGUGCAUGUAAUUCUUAAAAUAUACUACUUUGAUCAGUCUAUUUUUGGCAGAGAGAUGCACGAGUGAAAGAAUAAGGGAUUCAGUAGUGGCUAACAAUAAAGAU